AAGACGAGCAAUGAACCUUGCCAGCGAUUGUUUCCACUUUGUUUAGUCUGGAAAUAAAGAUCAUUUUGAAACUUAAAUCAAUUUACUUCAUCUUGUUUCUAUUUGUCUAUUUUUACUCGCUUGAUUCGUACUGUCAAUAGCCAAGCCGCACCAUCUAUACAAAACGCCCCUUGUUAACCCUACCCAGAACCUACGUCAUCACAGCCAAACGCCUUAUCGUGCCCCUCUAUCACCCCGCCAAACUUGACUUCUUCAAACCAUCAACACUAUAACCCCAGACAUCUUCAAAAUGCCCGAAAUCAAGACUCUUCUCUUCGACUGCGACAACACCCUUGUCCUGUCCGAGGAGCUUGCCUUUGAGGCCUGUGCCGACCUCAUCAACGAAAUCGCCGCCGCUCGAAAUGUCGACGUCCGAUUUACCGGCGAGACGCUGAUCCAGGAGUUUGUCGGGCAAAACUUCCGUGGCAUGCUCAUGUCACUGCAAUCUCGCUACAACAUUGACCUCUCCCCCGCGGACAUCGAGACAUAUGUGACGCGUGAGGAGGACGCCGUCAUUGCCAAGCUCAAGGCUUCGCUUCGCCCCUGUGUCGGCGUCGACGAGCAACUCGAGAAGCUAGCUGCUUCGGGCAAAUACAACAUGGCUGUCGUGUCGUCGUCGGCGGGUCGUCGGCUCAAGGCUUCCGUUGAAAAGGUCGGCAUGGACAGAUACUUCCAGAGCAAUGUCAUCUUCUCUGCGGCGACCAGCCUGGAUCCCCCUACCAGCAAGCCUGACCCUGCCAUUUACUUGCACGCUCUUAAGCAGCUUGGUGCUGCUGCCGAGCAGAGCGUAGCGAUUGAAGACAGCAAGAGCGGUACUCUAAGCGGCACGCGUGCUGGUAUCAAGGUCGUCGGCUACGUUGGCCCUUAUGAAACCGAUAAGCAAGACGAGAUGGCCAAGGUUCUGAGCGAUGCUGGCGCUGUUGUCAUCAUGAAGAACUGGUUUGAGUUCCCUGAAAUUCUGGCCAAGAUUGAAGCCGGCUCUAUUUAAGGCCAAAAAAUACAAUGACGCAUUUUUAUAUAGCAUACAAAUAUACGAGCGAUGAAUGAGCGAUGGAAAGAUAGAUUUUUAUUCUGUCAAUAGAUUAUAUAUACAAGAUUUCUCUAGGGUCUCCAGUCCAUGAGGAAGCUAUUUACGCUUUGCAGUGUUGUUCGACUAGGAUUUGCACCAGGAUACGUCGUCAUGAAGCCUGCCAACCGACUUUUAAUCAGUGUCUUAUUGAAGACUGGAGCUUCAGCAUCUGAUCGAAUGUUGCCAUUGUCGUCAAAUACAAAACAUGAAAUAGCAAGACUUGUCGCGAUAGACAGGUCCUUACCAGACUCGCAGCAAACAACACAUUGCCCGCUUGGAUUGCUCCGGAGAUACUUGGCUGCAAAGUUGCAAAUGUCGCCUAGGGCUAGGCGAAUGUUGCGGCUCGCCGUUUUGUGUUUUCCAACACCAACUUCCAUACGAGUAGCCGAUUUAACCCAAGUGUCUUUUGGUGAUGUCUGAGUGGUGAGAAGUAUAUAGCAUGCUGAAGUAUCAGUCUCUGAGACUUGACUGAGCGUGCCGACAGAGAGAUGUGGCGUUAGGGCCACAAAUGCAGCAGACGACGGGCUGUUAGCUUCGUGCUCGUCCACUAGUUUACUAAUAGUAUCUGGCAGAUCAGCUUCCGCGGCUGAGAGUAACGCUUCAACAUUCGACCAAAAGACGACGGGUACCAAUCCAUGGGCCCAGUUCUCCGUGUCGUCGCCGGCGCCUUGAAUGUAUCCGCCCUCAUCCAUUUCGCUGCCGACUACCCGCCGGCUUGACGUGCAGCAUAUAACAGGAGUAUAAUCUUCAAAAAUAACUUGGUGGUCGGAUUCGUCACUCUUCGAGUGCGAAUCUUGCGUGACCCAGAAUGGCCGAAGCGGUUUGGACAGUGUGCCAAUGGGUAAGCUAAUCUGAAGAUCAGAUAGCGACCUGACAAAUGAAGGAAUAAGAGCGGAUAUUUGAGCGUGGAUAGAUUGUGACAUGUAGGGCGGUAGGAAUAAUUCUUUGGAUAAUGUAUGAUCUGGAAGCAAUACGCUGUUGACAACGGCGCACCAGAUGGGUAUAGUCGUGGAUAAUGCGUCAGGCAUA